AUGUCCUCCACUUUAUUGUAUGGGCCGCGCAUAAGACAGCUGCUUGUCUCGCUGGAGCAGAAAAAGGAGACCGGGCCGCCGCGGAACAAGGAGGUUCUGGCUAAGGUCGCGUUUCUCGGGCUUCUUCUAACCAAACGGGCCAAGCAGCGAAGCAAUAGCAGUUCCAGCUCGCUCUCCAGUACACCCACGCUGUAUUCACCGGAACAGCGAAGUCGUGCCAACAGUCAUUCCGUUUCAGGGCCGCUGGUAACGUACGACCAGCGAACCACUUUGAAAUGGAUAGAUAGAUACAACAAGUUCGAGUCUGGGUUGCUGGACAGCCUAGAGUCGCUUGUUUCGCUGUUUGACAACUUCACCAUGUUCCAGAACGUGAUCAAGAACUCGCGGUUUGCCACCAAGUUCAAGUCGCUCGAGUCGGUGGUGCAGAACCUGUCGAAAGUGUACUUUAUUAUUGUGCUUCUGAACAUGAAGAACCUGAUAGUGCGGCUGGUCAAGUUGAACAAGCUGAUCCGCAUGGUCGAGAUGGAGUCUGCCUUGGUUUCGCGCACCACGAAAUACCAGUUGCGGGCCGAUAGUCCUGUUCCGGAACGGGACAACCUGGUUCUGCUGUACACCGAGAAGUUCAAGACGUACUUGGAACUGAUUGGCUACGCGAACGAGCUGGUUCUUAAUCUGAGCCUCAUUUUCACCAACUUUGAGCUCCCAAAGCUGGUUUCGCGGCUGGUGAACCUGAUCAGCUGGAUCACGAGCGUUUACAGACUCAGCAAGGACGACGACGAGGCCACGCAAACAGACCAAACGAUCCAACAGAUCCAAAAACGCUACUCAUAA